GUUUCCUUCUGAGAGUGGUACCGCGUAUAUAACCGGCGGGCGGAAGGUCAUUAGGCAGAACCCGGGGAGCGCGUGAGGUUUUGGUUCUUGAAUCUCGAGAGGCGGAAGAGAAAGAGAGAGCACCAGCCAGCACAGACUGCGCAGUAAUGGUGAUGAAGGCGAGGUUCUUGGCGGCGUCGCUCGCGGUGGCGGCGACGUGCGUAUGUCUGGCGGCGGCGGCGGCCUCCGCCUUCGACGUGCCGACCAUGGCCUUCGAGGAAGGGUUCUCGCCGCUGUUCGGGGACGGCAACCUCGUCCGCGCGCGGGAUGACAGGGCCGCCCGCCUCCUGCUCGAUCGCCGCUCCGGUUCGGGAUUCAUCUCCUCGGAUUACUACCUGCACGGCUUCUUCGGCGCGUCCAUCAAGCUGCCCAGAGACUACACGGCCGGCGUCGUCGUCGCCUUCUACCUGUCGAACGGGGACGUGUACGAGAAGACGCACGACGAGCUGGACUUCGAGUUCCUGGGCAGCCGGUGGGGCGGGCAGUGGCGGGUGCAGACCAACGUCUACGGCAACGGCAGCACCAGCCGCGGCCGGGAGGAGCGCUACCUCCUCCCCUUCGACCCCACCCUCGAGGCCCACCGCUACUCCAUCCUCUGGGCCCCCACCCACAUCAUAUUCUACGUGGACGACACGCCGAUCCGCGAGGUGGUCCGGCACCCCGGCAUGGGCGGGGACUUCCCGGCCAAGCCCAUGGCGGUGUACGCCACCAUCUGGGACGGCUCAGCCUGGGCCACGGAGGGCGGCAAGUACAAGGUGAACUACAAGUACGCGCCCUUCGCCUCCGAUUUCUCCGACCUGUCCCUCCGAGGAUGCCGCGUCGCCGACCCGGCGGCGCUGCGCCUCAGGAGCGACGCCGCCGGCGGGUACGACCUCCUGGGCCUCAUGACGGCCGACUACGCGGUCAUGACCCCGCAGAAGCGCGCCGCCAUGCGCGCGUUCCGGGCGCGCCAGAUGACCUACACCGUGUGCUACGACGCGGCGCGGUACGCGGCCGGCCCGUUCCCGGAGUGCGACAACUCGGACGAGGAGAGGGGCACGUUCUGGGCGUGGGGCGAGUCCAAGACCGUGGUCAUGAAGACGCGCGGCCGCGGGCGCCGCGGCCGGGGGAGCAGGGCCGGCGCCGGAGCAAGGGGACGCGCCGGCGCGGCAAGCUGCUGAGCUCUUACUUGACAGGACACUAAUGGCUAUGGAUUUGAUUGAUUUUUGGGCGGCGUUAUAUGAUUUGGGUGUCUCUGUAUAGGUUGGUUGUAGGGAUUAGUAGUUCAUUGUUUCUUACUACUAGGAGUAUUACUAUUCUUUGAUUCGUUGGAUGGCAGCUAAUAAUAUGAUCAGAUUAUUACUAAUGUUUA